UUCCGAAGUUGCUCGUUUAGAACGUGAACGCUUCUUCCGUGCGUCAUAGUGUACACUAUCCUCCCGAAGCAUGAUCAGUUUAUUACGAGUAGCCUGGUUCAGUGCUCUCAUGGGAUUUGGCGCAUGCUGGCUCUUCGGGUUCUCGUACCAAAACGUGCGGAUGUGUUUUCUUUCCUCGGCCAUCACUCUCCAGAGUCAGUGCGUCCUUUGUCAACAGCAGAAGUACCUGACGGCUGUCAACGGAUGCACUCGAAACAAUAUACUGCCAGCAAACAUCACACAGCGGGAGGCUUUCUGCAUGAUCUCAUCGUGCAUUGACAACCCUCGACAACACCCGCAAUUGAUCGGUCGAAGACGACGACGAGAAGCCGCUGAGGACAAUGUGGCCUAUGAAGUGUACGUCAACGUUCAAUUAGACGAUGGCGCAGACUACGAAGACUAG